AUGGAUCAGAAUCAGAUUGAUGGGGUUUGCUCCCUGAUGGAAGAAGCUAAGUAUGGAACGAUAGAAAAGUUAUAUGAACUACUUGGGGAAGACAACUCUAUUCUUGACAAAGCCAAUCAGCAGUUCAGAAAUAAUCCUUUACAUGUCGCGGCAUCAUGUAACAAUUAUCUCUUUGCAGCUGAAAUUGCAAUCCUGAAGCCUUCAUUGGCUAAAAGCCUGAACCAAGAUGGAUUAAGUCCUCUACACAUAGCUGCUGAAAAGGGACAUUUAGAAACAGUGAAGAAGCUCUUGAAGGUAGACAAGGAACUCUGCUUCAUCAGAGGCAGGGAGAUGAUGGUGCCUCUUCACUGUGCAGCAAAAUCUAGGCAUCGCAGGAGUAAAGAGGUUAUAGAGGAGCUCCUCUCUGCUUGCCCCAAGUGUAUCACAGCAUUAACAACUCGAAAUGAGACAGCUCUUCACACUGCUGUAAAGAAUGGUAGUUCCCAAAACUUUGAAGCACUGGUGAAAUGGAUCAAGGAACAAUGGGGGGGCUACAACAUUCUAAGCUGGAAGGACCAGGAUGGAAACACCAUCUUACACCUUGCAACAUCAGAAAGAAAAUCUGAGAUUGUAGAGCUGCUGCUUUGUAAGUAUGGCUAUUUUGUUCGAAAGGCUGCGAAGAUAAACACAAAGAACAACAAAGGAAAGACAGCUUUGGAUGUUUUAAAGAAAACUGGAUCACAGUGUAAUGGAACCAGAGACAUUAAUGAAUCUCAAACACAACCAGUUCAGGAGGAGGAAGAUGUAAGCAUAAGGGUUGAGGGAGAAGAAGAUGAGGGAAAGGUGCAGGAGAAAAUAGGAAAGUUCCUUCAAAGCUCAGGUGCAAAGGGUUCUAAAGAUAUCUGUUGCACACUUUGGCACAAGAAAGAUUCUAAAAAGAGAAGGGCUUUACAUUCUGGAAUCAAAUGGUUGCUGAAGGUCCCAAAUUUCCUGAGUUUCAAGGUAGACAAAGACACUCCAAGUGACGUUCGAAACGCUCUGUUAGUGAUUUUAAUUCUGAUCGUGACGGUGACAUACACAACCGGAAUCAAUCCUCCAGGGGGAAUUUGGCAAGAUGAUGGAAUCAGCAAUAGCUCACAGAAACCACACACUGCAGGAACAUCAAUUUGGUUUGAUAAGAACCCAGACUCUUUCCAAGUACUAAUGCUUUGUAACUAUGCAGGGUUUCUUGUGUCUGUUGUCCUGGUUUUCAAUCUCACUGAAGGAUAUACAUUACGAGGUCCGGUUCUACUAGCUCUGCUCUUUAUGUUGAUUACCUAUGGAUUAUCGAUUCGACUCCUGUUUCUGGGUAAGGGUGCUCUAGCAGUGUUGAUCAAUGGAAUGAUAUUGACUGUUCCAUUACCUGUGGCAUUAGUCCUUUUGGUUGCUACAGCAAAUUGGAUAUGGGACAUUAAGGAGUAG